AUGAGUCUAUUCCCCGCUCGCCUCCUGACCUUCUGCGAGGAGGCUAAGCGGCCGGGGCCAGUGGAGAUGCGCAACAUAAGAUCAGACUGGGUCAGUGCUGCUGUGAAGAGGCACAGGCUCAGUGAGGGGGAGACUCUGGACCACCUCCCGGAGACGGAACAUGCAGCAUUGUGGCAAAUGGAGGAGCUGAGGAGGCGCUGCAGGUGGAAGGAGGAAAUGGGGAAUCAACCAAAGGCUCUGUCUCCAAAUCCAGUGUCCUCCGUGAACAGAAGAAAGCACUGA